AUGUAUUCAAUUCCACAACAUAUCGAUUUCAUUAAGAAUUUAACAAUCGAUUCAGUAAUAUCGGAAAAGCAAAAUAAAUCAAGAUUAAUUGAAAUUCCAACCACUGCUACAGUCGAAGAAGCCUUUGAUGUAUUACUUGCAGAAAAUAUUCUGAGUGUGCCUGUUUAUAAAUAUUUCAAAGGACGUAAACAACCAAUUGCUAUUAUUAGCGUGCUUGAUUUGGUUUCUUUUAUUUGUUUGCAGCCAAUUUUUGAAAAUAAAGAAGAUAAUAACGACAAAAAUUUAAAUUUUGAAAAUCAAUAUUUUUUACAAAAACCAGUCAGCGAAAUUGUUGGAUUAACAUCUGAAAGCACAAAUUUAACUAUGUGUCGUCCAGAAAACUCGUUAGUUGAUCUUUUAGAAUUAUUGACACGUAAACGAAUUCAUAGAGUCUUGGUUUCAAAGCAAUAUUGUGAUGGUGGUGAUAAUGAAGAGAUAUCAUCAUCACCUUACUUUGUAUCUCAAACUGACGUGAUUAGAUUUUUAUUUAAUAAUAAUCAUAAAUUAGGUGAAAUUUUAGAUUUACCUGCAUGUAAGGCUGCAAAUCAAACAAUUAAAUUAUUAUUAUCGUCAUCAACUACAACGUCAAAAAAUCAAAAGCAAGAAUUAUUGUUGAGUCGUCCUUCUUCGAUUACAAUUCAUGAUCGAGCUUUAACAGCUUUCAAAAAAAUUUAUCAAGAUGGAGUUAGUGCAGUUGCAGUUGUUAAUGAUGAUGGUAGUUUAGUUGCCGAAGUUUCAGCAGCUGAUUUACGUGGGUUAAAUCGAGAUCGGUUAAAUGAUUUAAAGAAACCCGUAAUAAUGUUUCUUAAAUCAUCAAAAGGCGCGCUAAUUAAACCAUUAACUUGUCAUCGAAAAUUUACUUUGAGCCAGGUUAUGGCGGGGAUUACACUUAAUAAAACUCACAGAGCUUGGUUUGUAGAUGAAGAUGAUAUACCAAUUGGUGUAAUAACUCUUAGUGAUAUUCUUAGUAUGUUUUUACCAGGUGUAUCAGAUGUAUUUGCUCACGAAUCAUAA